GGGCCCCCCGGCGCAGCGCCGCCCGCUUCCAGGUCCUCGCUGGCCUCCCUCCCUCGGGGGCCGCCGCCAUGGCGGCCAGCGCGAAAUGGAGGCGGGAGGAGAAGCACCUCAAAAUGCUGCGGGACAUGACGGGCCUCCCGCACAACCGCAAGUGCUUCGACUGCGACCAGCAGGGCCCCACCUACGUGAACAUGACGGCCGGCUCCUUCGUGUGCACCUCCUGCUUGGGCAGCCUGCGAGGGUUAAAUCCACCGCAUAGGGUGAAAUCUAUCUCCAUGACAACAUUUACACAACAGGAAAUUGAAUUUCUACAAAAACAUGGAAAUGAAGUCUGUAAACAGAUUUGGCUAGGAUUAUUUGAUGAUAGAUCUUCAGCAAUUCCAGACUUCAGGAAUCCACAAAAAGUGAAAGAGUUUCUACAAGAAAAAUAUGAAAAGAAAAGAUGGUAUGUCCCGCCAGAACAAGCCAAAGUGGUGGCAUCUGUUCAUGCGUCUAUUUCCGGCUCCUCUGCUAGCAGCACCAGCAGCACACCGGAGGUCAAACCGCUCAAGUCGCUCCUCGGAGACUCUGCACCAGCACUGCACUGAAAUAAGGGCACACCUGGUCAGUCUCCAGUUGUAGGCCGCUCUCAAGGAUAGCAACAAGAAAAGAAGCAGUUUGACCUUUUGAGUGACCUUGGAUCAGACAUCUUUGCUGCCCCAGCCCCUCAGUCAGCAGCUACCGCCAAUUUUGCUAACUUUGCACAUUUCAAUAGUCAUGCAGCUCAGAAUUCUGCAAAUGCAGAUUUUGCAAACUUUGAUGCUUUUGGACAGUCUAGUGGUUCGAGUAAUUUUGGAGGUUUCCCCACAGCAAGUCAUUCUGCUUUUCAGCCCCAAACUACAGGUGGAAGUGCUGGAUCAGUAAAUGCUAAUUUUGCUCAUUUUGAUAACUUCCCCAAAUCCUCCAGUGCUGAUUUUGGAACCUUCAACACCUCGCAGAAUCACCAGACAGCUUCAGCUGUUAGUAAAGUUUCAGCACACAAAGCUGGUUUGCCCACAACAGACGAAUAUGCGGCCCUUACUAAUUUAGACAACAUCUUCAGUGCUGGUCAAGGUGGUGACCAGGGGAGUGGUUUUGGGAGCACAAGUCAGGCUCUGGUUGGAGCUGUGGUCUCAGUGCCCAGUCAGCCUAGUGCGUCUUCAGACAAGUAUGCAGCCCUGGCAGAGCUCGACAGUGUUUUCAGCUCUGCGGCCACCUCCAGUAAUGCAUACACUUCCACAAGUAAUGCUAGCAGCAAUGUGUUUGGAACAGUGCCAGUGGGUGCUUCUGCACAGACACAGCCAGCUUCUUCCAGUGUGCCUGCUCCAUUUGGAGCUACGCCUUCCACAAAUCCAUUUGUUGCUGCUGCUGGUCCCUCUGUGGCAUCUUCUACAAAUCCAUUUCAGACCAAUGCCAGAGGAGCAACAGCCGUGACCUUUGGCACUGCAUCCAUGAGCAUGCCUGCGGGCUUUAGCACACCUGCUCCCUACAGUCUCCCCACCAGCUUUAGUGGCAGUUUCCAGCAGCCAGCCUUCCCAGCCCAAGCAACUUUCCCUCAACAGACAGCUUUUUCUCAGCAGCCUAAUGGUUCAGGUUUUGCAGCUUUUGGACAGACAAAGCCAGUGGUAACUCCUUUUGGUCAAGUUGCAGCUGCUGCAGUAUCUAGUAAUCCAUUUAUGACUGAUGCGCCAACAGGACAAUUUCCGACAGGAAGCUCAUCAACCAAUCCUUUCUUAUAGCCUUAUAUAGACACUUUACUGGAACGGACUUCUGUGUGGUCACAUUUCAUCUCUCCGCCUCUUG